AUGCCGCAACUCAACGGCGGUGGAGGGGACGAUCUGGGUGCAAACGAUGAAAUGAUUUCCUUCAAAGACGAAGGAGAACAGGAUGAGAAAAUCUCGGAGAACCUCUCGGCAGAAAGGGAUUUAGCCGAUGUCAAAUCUUCUCUUGUAAACGAGUCGGAAACGAAUCAAAACAGCUCUUCGGAUUCAGAGGCGGAAAGACGGCCUCCGCCUAGAUCUGAAACUUUCAGAGACAAAACAAGAGAAAGUUUAGAAGAGGCUGCGAAAAGGCAAGAUGGAGGGCUGUUCAAGAGCCCACCGUACCCGGGCUAUCCAUUUAUAAUGAUCCCCGAUCUCUCAAGCCCCUACCUUCCCAAUGGAUCACUUUCGCCAACAGCACGCACAUACCUACAGAUGAAAUGGCCCCUGCUAGAUGUUCAACAAGGAGGUCUUCAAAGUAGACAAGCACUUAAAGAUGCCAGGUCCCCAUCACCGGCACACAUCGUUGGGCCCUUCUGCUGGGAAUUCCCCGGACAGUCAGAUCUGAGCCUUCACCAAUUUCAUUUGUCUAAUAAGGUUCCAGUGGUACAGCACCCUCACCAUGUGCACCCUCUCACACCUCUGAUCACCUACAGCAAUGAGCACUUCACACCGGGGAACCCCCCACCUCACCUACAGACAGACGUGGAUCCCAAAACAGGGAUUCCAAGGCCUCCACAUCCUCCAGACAUAUCUCCUUAUUACCCACUGUCACCUGGCGCUGUCGGCCAGAUCCCACACCCGUUAGGAUGGCUAGUACCACAGCAAGGUCAACCUGUUUAUCCAAUCACAACAGGGGGUUUCAGACACCCCUACCCAACUGCGCUCCAAGUCAACGCAUCCAUGUCAAGAUUCCCCCCACACAUGUUGCCCCCCCACCACAGUUUGCACGCCACGGGCAUCCCACACCCAGCCAUCGUCUCUUCCAACGUCAAGCAGGAAUCGUCCCACAGCGACAUCUCUCUCAACUCGAAACAGUCAGAAGCUAAAAAGGAAGAGGAGAAGAAGAAACAAGUCCACAUAAAGAAGCCUCUGAAUGCCUUCAUGCUUUACAUGAAGGAGAUGAGAGCCAAGGUUGUGGCUGAGUGCACACUGAAGGAAAGUGCUGCCAUCAACCAGAUCCUGGGGAGAAGGUGGCAUGCCCUAACGAGGGAGGAGCAGGCCAAGUACUACGAGCUGGCCAGGAAAGAGCGACAGCUCCACAUGCAGCUGUACCCAGGCUGGUCAGCACGAGACAACUAUGGGAAAAGGAAGAAGAGAAAAAGGGAAAAGCAGCAAGCAGAGAGCAAUGAACACAGAGAAUAUUUUCCAAAUCCUUGCCUUUCACUCCCUCCGAUUACAGACCUGAGCGCUCCUAAGAAGUGUCGAGCGCGCUUUGGGCUCGAUCAACAGAAUAACUGGUGUGGCCCGUGCAGGAGAAAAAAAAAGUGCAUUCGCUACAUCCAAGGUGAAGGCAGCUGUGCCAGUCCUCCCUCUACGGACGGAAGCUUACUAGACUCCCCCCCAUCCUCCCCUUCCUCAGUGGUCCCCUCCCCCUCCCCAAAAGAGUCCAAUCCUCAGACUGAACAAAUGCAACCUCUCUCACUGACUAUGAAACCGGCCCACCAGCCACUCCACCAUCCGCACCGCCUGGUUGGGCCUCCACCACCAUCUUUGGUUCUGCUGGGAAACUCUGCUGCAGCUAGGAAAACGCCCGGCGCCCCCUCCCACAACGGAGCCCUGGAGCGCGGCGACGUCUCGUCCUCGCGGCAGCCGGGCUCCUCCAUGGCGUCCUCCAUGGCCCGGUCCUCGGCAUCGCUGUGUCAUUCCCUCUCGCUCCUCCCCUCCUCGAACCCCCAGCCUCUGUCGCUAGUGACCAAGUCUAUAGAAUAG